GGAGGAACUGUCGGCCACUGUGUCAACCCGUCUAAAGCGUCUCCCAUUGAGGAAUACUGGAUGUUUAAACUCAGUGUUUUUUUCACGGAUCGGGUUUGCUUUUACUUGACGCCGAGGACGAACGGAGAGGUGAUAUUUAUUUCGACAGCACAGACUCCAUCUUGCCUCCUGAGGCAUCUACUCCAUUUACGUCCCAGCAGUGCCACAGCAGUGCCAUGUGGAAGAUAACUUAAUCGCCCAUCUUUUACCCUUUGGCCCGUCCCCAUGUCUGAGGACAGUGAUCCAAAGCACUACCUGUACUCAACCCUGGAAGGGCCUGAACGAAACCGGGAAAGGGUCGGCUUCCAGGUGGAGGAAGAGGGCAGCUCUCACUGCGGCUCCAUCAGCCAGCUUCACUGCAUGGCCAGCAGUUACAGCGAGGGUUGUAGCGGGCGGGAUGGGGUCGAACUGGAACCAGAGUUGGGGUUGGCCUCUGAGGGGAGCGACAGCAGCCACGAGCACCCGGCCUCUCCUGGCUCCCCGCACGACGACAGGAAGCGGCCACGCCCACCUUUACACGAGGAUGUAGAGAUGGGUGGCAGCGGCUCAAGCGGGAGCGGGACAGAAUCCCACGGUAACGAGUCACAUGGCAAUGAGUCCCAUGGCAAUGAAUCUGUGGGCAGCUCCAACGGCAAUGGCAAGGAUUCUGCUCUCUUGGAGUCUUCAGGGAGCAACAAGAGUUACAUCCAUGAGGUGGAGAAAAGCCUAGAAGGUCUUUUCAAAAUGUGGUCCAGUACAACAUGGACACAAACCUCAAACUCUCACAGCCCCUCACCACCAAGCAGCUCCAAUGCCUUCAGUCUGGUCAGCUCUGAGCAGGACAACCCGUCAACCAGCGGCUGCAGCAGCGAACAGUCAGCCAAAGCGAAGACUCAGAAGGAGCUCUUGAAGACCCUUAAGGAGCUGAAGAUGCACUUGCCUUCGGAAAAAAGGAGCAAGGUCAAGUCCAGCACCGUCAACACGCUCAAAUACGCGCUGCGAUGUGUCAAACAGGUGAAAGCCAAUGAGGAAUACUACCAGAUGCUGAUGAUUAAUAACAGUCAGCCACCAGGGUUUGAUGUAUCAUCCUACACCAUUGAAGAAAUCAACCGCAUUACAUCUGAAUACACCCUCAAAAACACUGAUAUAUUUGCUGUAGCCGUCUCACUCAUCACAGGGAAGAUUGUUUACAUCUCGGAUCAGGCGGCGUCCAUCUUGAACUGCAAACGGGAAGUAUUCAACAAUGCGAAGUUUGUGGAGUUUCUAACACCGCAAGAUGUCAGCGUGUUCUACAGCUUCACCACGCCCUAUCGGCUCCCCUCGUGGAGCAUGUGCACCGGAGCAGAGUCGUCUCCCACGGAGUGCAUGCAGGAGAAAUCCUUCUUUUGCCGCAUCAGUGGUGGUAAAGAGCGUGAAGGGGAUCUCCAGUACUACCCUUUCCGAAUGACUCCUUACUUGAUGAAAGUCCAGGAUGCUGAUCUGGCUGAGGAACAGUUCUGCUGCCUCCUGCUGGCUGAAAGGGUGCACUCCGGAUAUGAAGCUCCCAGAAUCCCUCCUGACAAACGCAUCUUCACCACCACACACACACCUAACUGUGUGUUCCAGGAUGUGGAUGAGAGGGCUGUUCCUCUGUUGGGUUACCUCCCUCAGGACCUGAUUGGGACCCCUGUGCUACUCAAUCUACACCCAAGUGACCGACCCUUAAUGCUGGCUGUGCAUCGCAAGAUUUUGCAGUAUGCUGGUCAGCCGUUCGACCACUCCUCGAUCCGUUUCUGCGCGAGAAAUGGCGAGUACAUCACCAUUGACACCAGCUGGUCCAGCUUCGUCAACCCCUGGAGCCGCAAGGUCUCCUUCGUCAUAGGCCGGCACAAAGUCCGCAUGGGUCCUGUGAACGAAGAUGUUUUCGCAGCACCAGCUUUCCAUGGAGGGAAGAUCAUGGACUCAGACAUCCAGGAAAUUAGUGAACAGAUCCACAGGCUGCUACUCCAACCGGUCCACAACAUGGGCUCCAGCGGUUAUGGUAGCCAUGGCAGCAACGGUUCCCAUGAGCAGCUCGUGAGCAUCAGUUCAUCCAGCGAGAGCAACGCGAACGUGACGCCGGGGGUCACAGCAGAGGAGACGGGCAAGGCCAAGCCUCCCAGGACAUUCCAGGAGAUUUGCAAGGGAGUCCACAUGCAGAAAAACCAGGACUCCCAGGUCGGACUGCAGUCCCCUUCGCCCUCACCAGUGCCAUCCAAACCUGAGCAGAAGAAGACUGUUGACACAGCUCAGAAGAGUCCAACGGUGCGUCUGAAGGACUCUGCGCCCCCUCUGCAUUUCAGAGACAGUACUGCAGCCACCAUGGAGGACUUCACCUGCAAAGACCAGACUGUGUGCUCCUACCAGCAGAUCAGCUGCCUCGACAGUGUCAUCAGGUACCUGGAGAGCUGUAACAUCCCCAUCACAGUGAAGAGGAAGUACCAGUUCUCCUCAAACACCACCUCCUCCAACUCCGACGAUGGCAAGAAGGGCUCAGAGGACGGCAUGCAUGUGCCUCAGGAUACAAAUACAGAUCCUUUGAUGCUAGAUGCCCAGCCAGGCCUGUCAAACAUGAAAGCACUUAAGAAGCCUCCAUCUGGGGCCGCUGCUGUGGUAGGAGGCCCCCUGGCACCCCUCACACUGCCCAGCAAGGCUGAGAGCGUGGUGUCCAUCACCUCACAGUGCAGCUACAGCAGCACCAUUGUCCAUGUGGGAGACAAGAAGCCUCAGCCAGAGUCUGAGAUAAUCGAGGAUGUGGCUGAGAGCCCAGCACCCCCAGCUCUGCCCGUCAGCAUGGUGUCUCCACCUAGCCAGGAGAAGGAGGCCUACAAGAGGCUGGGACUCACCAAGCAGGUGCUGGCAGCACACACCCAGAAAGAGGAGCAGGCUUUCCUCAACCGCUGCCGAGAGCUUCGCAAUGCCAGGAGCUUUCAGAAGGACUGUUCCAAGUAUCUGCACAAACAGAGGGGUCCAGCCAAUGCUGAAGAAUCAUCUGGACCACGAGGUGCUGCCAAACAGGGCAUAACUAGGCCCGAGACUACUGCCAAGAAGUGCAACCGCAACAGGAAGUCCAAGAAGCCACGAAUGAAGCAUCCUGAUUCGUCAGACAGCGCGGUGUCUAACCGCAAACCCCGGCCCCCUCUCCAGGGUCUUAACCAGACCUCGUGGUCGCCGUCAGAAGCCUCACAGUCGGCAUUUAACGUCUCCUACCCUACCAUGGUGCCUGCCUACCCGCUUUACCCUCCAGCACCUGCUGCCCCAGCUCAGGGCCCACACCUUGACCCCUCCCUUUCCACAGGCUUUGGAGAGGGUCAGAGCACCCAAGCCCCACCUACGGCCACUCCAUUCCCCGCCCCCAUCGUUACACCUGUGGUGGCUCUGGUCCUGCCAAAUUACCUCUUUCCUCAGAUAGGACAGUUAGGGCAGCUGGGGGCUGCUCCUAGUCCAGCAUUUUUUCUCGAGCAGACCCAGACACAGCCUGCAUACACUACCCAGCAGCCAUUUCAGCCCCCGCAGCCAGCCUACACCAUGCAAACACAACCCCCCUUCACAAACCAACAGCCGUUCCCUGUGCAGACUGCCUUCACCCCCCAGCAGCCCUUCCAAUCCGCUCAGAGCGCCUACACUACCCAGCAGCCUUUCCAGGCCCCUCAGACUGCCUACACUACCCAGCAGCCCUUCGCUGCCCAGCCUUCUUUCCCAGUGCAGACUCAGUUUGUUGCUCAAGCCCCUUUUCCAGCUCAGCCUUUCCCUUACAGCCUAGCCCCUAAGACCCCUAAAGCCCCAGGGGUGGAACCCCGAGAAGGGGCAGCCUCACGCUCCUCCACCCCAGCCUCUGGGCCACGAGAGCCGGCAACAUCCCCACCACUGUUUGAGUCGCGAUGCAGCUCACCACUGCAGCUCAAUCUGCUGAGCAUGGAGGAUGGACAGCGCUCAGUGGAACGUCAGGACAGCACAGUGCCCGCUGCUGGAGGCCAGGGCAACAGCACCGCAGCGGUGUCAGGAGGAGUGGCGGCAGUAGGGGAGAAGAGCGGAGGCAUGACCAAGACUGAAAACCAUCAACAGGUGGAGUCUCCAGGAGAUGGAGCUCACAGUGACGGUAACUCCUCAUCCUGCGACCUGCUAGACAUCCUUCUUCAAGAGCAGGAGGACUCCCACUCUGGUACCGGAUCAGCCACCUCUGGCUCCAUGGGAUCAGGAUCAGGCUCUGGAUCAGGUUCAGGAUCGGGCUCAGGCUGCAACGGCUGUGGUACCUCAGCUAGUGGAGCUUCUGGCAGCAGAACAGGGAGCAGCAACACCAGCAAAUACUUCGGCAGCAUUGACUCCCUGGAACACGACCCCAAGGCGAAGGCCAAAGCCAAGGCGAGGGGUAAAGGAGGCUCUGAAGGUGGCCAGUCUCAGGCCAAAGUCUCAAGUCAAGGAGAGGGAGAGCAUUUCAUCAAAUAUGUUCUCCAGGAGCCGCUCUGGCUGCUGAUGGCUAAUGCUGACGACAAGGUCAUGAUGACAUAUCAAAUGCCGCCCAGGGACAUUCAGAAGGUUCUGCGGGAAGACAAGGAGAGGCUGAGGCAGAUGCAGAAGAGCCAGCCUCACUUCUCCUCAGACCAGCGACGAGAGCUAGUGGAGGAACACCCCUGGAUGAGGAGGGGAGGUCUACCUGCGGCCAUCAAUGUGAAGGAGUGUGUGUACUGCGAGGAUGCAGCAGGGGCGCCCAUCGAGGAAGACCUGCCAGACAUGGACAUGGGCGAGUUGGGCGAGGAGCUGAGCCAAGAGGGCCAGAGCACCCAGAGCCAAUCAGAGGAUUUGCAUCCUAAACCAGACUCUGGCUCCUGAACACACAGGCACACACACCGCCAGCAGGGGGACACACUUGACUCGAUCAGCCAUGGACCCUCAUGUUGCACACACUUACACACGCACACACACACAUUGCUGAUGUGAGACAAACAGUUGUGUGCCUGACCAUCCUCACAAACACACCUUUAUGCACACAGGAAACAGAACUCACGAGGAUGUGCGUUGUUCGUGUGUGUGUGUGUCUGUGUCUGUCUGUGUGUGUUGGACGUAGGACUGCUACUGGAGUGCAGUUCUUGAUGUGUCCACACAGGGGACAGUAAUGCUUUAUGGGGUUUUUUGGAAGCAUGACCCUCAUAUAGUACUUUUACCAUCUCACACACACAUGCACUCUGAAAUGAUCCAGCCUGUGUGGUUGGUAACCUUUGACCUCUGAGAUAUUUUUUUAAUUUAAUUGUUUCCCAUGCUUCUUGUCAGAGACAGAGCUUUACAGCAACAUGAUGAAUUAUUAUUAAAAGAAAAAAGUUAAUGGUUAAUGUACAUCUUUUAAUUUUAAAAAGUAUAAAUACUAGGUAAAUUUGAUUUAAAAAUGUUACUUUGACAAAAAUAAUUGCCAUUAAAGGAUUUAAAAAUGUUAUUAGCAAGCAACCCAGCAUGGCUGUUUAUAAACUGCUGGACAUUAUGUUUGUGGUUUCUUGUUUUGCCACAUGGUCCCAUUCAAGCCCUACACACCCCAGGAUCCCCUCUGUUUCCCCAUUAGGAACCUUGUAGACUAGCUGUGGUGCUCUUUGUAUGAUGCAGGCUGGGUCAAAGGGCAGGGACUCCCACUUUUUUCGUAUCAUGGAUGAGUUGUUAUCUCAGCACUCUCCUCAGACCUGAGUAUUUGCAAUAUCUGUGCACACAGCAGUGGUAGCACCUGAGUCAGGAGCUGGUUGUAACCCUCCUCAACAGUGACAAUCUGACACAUUAGUGCAAGCUGUUCAUUUAACUAUGUUAUUUAUUUUCUGCCUCAUCAUGUAUCUAGAAUAUUUUUUUAAGCUAAAGCCAAAUCCAUUCAGCUAAAACUCAUAUUAACAGUUUACAGGUGUUGACGAUUAUCACUACACGCUAUUUAAAGUCACUUUAGUCCGUAACUAAAAACUGGAGCGAGCUUGUCCAUUUCACAGAAUAAGUGUUUUGGGCCACUACAGUCCUUAAAACAGCAUGGGUACUAUGAAGAAGUGGGCAUCAUCACAGAUGAAGAAGCUGCUGAAAUGUUUUUGUAGUGUUAAAACAAUCAGCGUCAGAAAACGGAUGCACAAAAAGGCAGCGACUGACAAGGUGGUGGUCAUAGAAACUUGAGGCAGCAGAUCAAGUUCCAAGCUGAAGCAGUGUUUAUUUUAUUCUACCUAAUAGGAUCCUUUGGAUUAGUUUCCUUUUCACAUCCAAUUUGUAUCUUACAGUGAUACAUUUUGUGUACUUUUUAUAAAUAGAAAUAUAUAUCCAUGUAAACUGCAGAAUCUUGUUAAAAAAGAAAAAGUUGAGUAAUAUUCCUUUUCUGUCAGUAUGGUGCAGCUCUACUACAAAAUGUUAUUUCUGAACAAAUCAGUGCUAUUUUAAGGAUUUAUACAUUAUGCAAGUCGACAUUUCUUCCACUUGCACCCUUUUCAGAGACUUUUCAUUUGUCUCAUUUUAUCACACAUCUAUUUUUCUGAAUUAAAAAAAAUAUAAACUAGCACUGCUUAAACUUUUCCACACUGAGAAACUUUCUUUUCUUUUUUUUUUUUUUCUUUACAAUACUAGUAUAUUUCAGGCACCACCUAAAGGACUCUGAGGUGUGUGUGCAACAGUACAGUUUCUUAAGUGGGUCAGUGAUGUAUGACAGUGAGGUUAAUACAGAGCACUGGAUCUGAUGCACGGGGGGAAAACAGCUUUACAAUUGUAGCAAAAUAAGGGGACCAUGUUUGUGUGAGUAACCUCCUGCAGAAACUGGGGUUACCCAGGAAAUGGCGAUAUACUGUACGUGCAGCAGCAGCCAUGCAAGCCCCUCUUUAUCUAACAUGAAGUAUUAAAGAAACUGUGAUCCAGAUUGGCUCCAUGUAGCUGAUACAAACAGUGUGAGAACCGGGAACAACUCUGGUGCUAAAGGCAGAGAAACUGUUGGGGCAGGGCUUGUGAAUGUAACACAGACUGGACCAAGAGCAUCUCACUGGGUUAGUUUGUUUUCAUGAUUUUCUGUCAUUUCUUUUCUUUCUUUUUUUUAAUUCCUUGUUCACUUGUCAGAAUUUUUUAAUUGUUCUAUUUUUCUAUUUUGUCUGGUGUGUGUGUGUGUGUUUUAUUUGUUAAACGAAGGUAAGAGCUUUGGAGUGUCAUUGGGCACAGACCCUACCUCUAAUAAAUCCCAGGUCAUGUUACUGUAAGCAGAAGCAUAGCAUGUUUAUGCAUGUGGGCAAAGCACAGUGGAUGGAGCGGUUGGAUACUUAGGUGAUUCCUGUGAGUGAUGGGCUUGUACAGAGAGUCUCUGCUUUGGACCGGCAGAGGUUUAUGGACUCCUUUUGUUUCUAUGAAUGAAUACACAGACAAAGACAGGCGCCUGUCACCACCUUUAGCAACUGCAGUCUAACUCUUCUGUCUCUUUUCUGUGUAAAAUAUGUCGUUUUUUUUUGUGGGGGGGAGGGGUCCAACACUCACCUGUGUAUAAACCAGUAAGAAUUCAAGAAUGUCAUAUAUUCAUGUCUGAGCUGAAAUGUGGAAAUAAGCUGUGGUGAAUGCCGAGAGUACGUCAGAGAACGAUGCUGCACUUGUGUUUUAAGCCUUACUUUUCUCCUAAGGCCUCAAAAAGAGGGAACGCGUUUGAAGUGAAUAACACACUGGUGGGCUGUUGGAAGCACCCCGACCUGUAAACGCAUACACACGGUUCUGGCACACGAUGUUGUGUAUGGUCAUGUAAAUUUGUUUCAUUGCCACUGUAUGAGUCUGUGGUAUAUUAAACAAGCACAGUUCUGUGCAUUUUUUUGUAGUUGAGAUGUGUUGUUUGAGACAUGGAAACAAUGUUGUUA